AUGACCCAAGAUUUCUUGGAUAUGGGUGCCGAAUCCCCAUGGACUAAGAGAAAUGGUAAUGUUGGAGCGCCUCUGGAUGUGAAACUACCGCUUGGUGAGAUUGAUUCUCUACGCUGGGGACUCGAUGGGCAGAAAGUGGAAAUCUUCCCAGAUAUUAGUCACCAAUAUGUGAAAGACAUAAUUACUCCUCAUCGGCUCGUGGGAUCGACUGAAGGUAACUUUGGGGGCGACAGGGCUUUGACGGUGAAGCAGGACGUUCUUGAUUAUAUUCUGACAAAGGGGCAUUAUCCCAAACAAGAAAGGGAGAAAAAGAGCCUAGGAAAUAUGGACGAGGACGAGCAAAAUUGGGACCCUGCUAUGACAGAUGCGAAGGACAGUUUGUAUUAUCGGAAUGCACGCAAAUUAUUAUCACAGGAGUUCCCGUGGGUUCCCAUUAAUCAUAUUCGCCAAGCUGUGUCCCAGAAGAAAGCUCUAUACCCUGCUUAUAUUACCAUAUUCGCUCAAGAGAACUUAAGUGCGGAAUCGGAGGCCAAGUUCACGAGAUUAAGACGGCCAAGGAAAUGUAAUGAAGCAAGACAUCAGAUGUUUGGUAACUUGCAGCAAGAACUAGAAGCUGCACAAAAGAAGGUGAAAAAGGAUCUCGCUGCUUUCCACAAGCGAAGAGAAGAAGAGGAGAUGGAAAGACUGAACGAGGAGGAAUGUCAUCACACGGGUACCAUUACUGAGUGUAGCUGCUGCUAUCUCGAUGUCCCGCUGAAUAGAGCCAUACCUUGCGAUGGUGUGAACGCACAUUUCUUCUGCUUUAUUUGUAUUCGUAAAUUGGCAGAGACGCAAAUCGGGCUCAUGAAGCACCAACUACACUGCUUUGAUACCAGCGGCUGUCAGGAACAAUUUCCCCGCUCCCAACUGGAACAGGCAUUGGGGUCGACGAUCAUGAAAAAACUUGAUGCUAUACAGCAAGAAGACGAUAUUCAACAAGCAUGUCUAGAAGGAUUAGAAUCCUGUCCCUUUUGUGACUUCAAGGCAAUUUGUCCUCCGGUGGAAGAGGACCGCGAAUUUCGUUGUGUCAAUCCUUCGUGUGAAGUGGCCAGUUGUCGUUUAUGCAAACAAGAAAGCCAUAUCCCAAAAACCUGUAAUGAGGCUCAGAGGGAAAGGGGUCUGCCGGCACGCCUUGCGGUUGAAGAAGCAAUGAGUGAAGCCUUGAUCCGAACCUGCCCCAACUGCAAAGUGAAGAUCAUUAAAGAAUUUGGGUGCAACAGGAUGUCCUGUUCCAAGUGCAAGCGCAGGCACCGCUCUCAGCAAGAGGUUGAGCAAGCCCAGGAGACGGCUAUUAAGGCAGCUCUUUCAGAAAAUCCGCAGUUGUCUGAGAAGGAUUUACUAGUACAUGACUUCAAAAAGGGUAAAGCUCCGGCUUCAGCUAACAGACAACGGCCGUUGCCUGUUUACGCUUGGCAUCAAUACAUCCCUACUGGCCACUUUCAAGAUUUCCGCAUUCAACCCGCACCGCAGCAAAAUAUACGAAUACAAGAAUUUCCCACAUAUGGGCUACCCGUCCCACCGCCAUUUCACGCUGAGCCAGUGACACGGGCUCCUCCUGUGAUGCAGCCUGACUUUGCUGCUCUCAAUCCUUUUACCUACUUACUGGAUGGGACGCCUAUUGCACAUGACCGUGGCAUGGAUUAUGUAGUCCCAAGGCUAAAUCCAACGGACCACCCUAACUCUGACCCAAACCUUCGUGCUGCUAUAGCUCCAGGUUCACAGCUGGGCUCGUUAUAUCUUGGACAAAACGAACUUCUACGUGCUCCCAUUACGGGAAAUCCAAGGGCACCGCCACUUGGUCCAAUCAACAGCUCAUCUACAUGGCCACGGUCAAAUUACCAACCUCCAAUGUAA